AUGGAUAGCUACAGUUCAUCGAUCCGCGAGGAGCAGAAGGCGAUCCUCAACGGUCUUUUAGGAAUAAUUUACGACAAUUAUGACACCACUCGCCGAAUUCAGCAAUCUGUAGAUGGUAUUUACAGAAUGGUUCUUGCUUUGCUUCUCAUUGUUAUUGCCCUUAUAGUCAUCGCUAUAUUUAUUAUCUGCUUCUUCCACUGCCGCCGAAUCCAUGAGGAAAGGCAUUCACCACUUCACUCGAACCGCAAAAAUCAUCCCAUCGAAAUUUGA